AUGACUCCCACUCCCAAUCUUUCCGAUCGCGAGCAGGAACUUCUUGUCUUCGUCUUCCAAUGCCUGAAAAACCCUCCUGAGGUCGACCUCGACAAGUUCGCUACCCUCAGCGGCUACAAGACUCGUGCUUCGGCCAACACCGCCUUUCACAAGCUGAAGGGCAAGAUCGGCAAAGCUGAUGAUGAUGCUGACAACGCCGAUGGUGGUGCUGCUGAAGACGCCGAAGCCGACGCCGAAGACACUCCCGUCGCUCCCUCGGCCAGCAAGAAGGCCCGCGGCAAGAAGGCUGUCGCUGCCAAGACCGAAGAACCUGAGACCGACGAGGACGAUGAGACCGAGACCAUCGCUGUCAAGGCUAAGUCCAAGCCAAAGCGCAAGCCUGCUGUCACUCAGCCUGCCAACGUUCGCCGUAGCGCCCGCAACUCUCUGAAGGCCAGCAAGCCUUCCAUCAAGGAUGAGUCCUCUGGCGACUCUGAGGAGGAGGUUGCCAAGAAGCGUCCUAUCACCCUGAAGAGAGGAAAGAUUACCUACCCUACCGAGGAGGAAAUGCGCGUCGUUGUUGAUGAGGUUCUUGCCGCUGCUCCUGAGGAUGCUCCCGCCAACACCCUCAAGCGCGCUGCCGUCGAGCCUGCCGACGACUCCGACAAGCUCGCCAACGACACCAAGCGUGUCAAGGUCGAGACUGACAUUCCCACCGCUGAGCCUGUUGUCGAGACUGUCGAAACGACCACUGUCACCUCUGUCGUCUCCGUCGACCCCGUCGUCGAGACUUACGUCGUCAACGACCCUGACGCCGUCGACCCUGCUGCUGACAUCAUGAUGGCAGUCGACGAUGCUUCUUCGGACGUCGACGCUGAGGGCGAGUCCGACGUUCCUUCUAACGUCGCUUCUGCCGCUACUAGCGGUGACCACGACGACAUCUAA